AUGAAGAGAUACAUUAUCAAUAUAAUUAGUAUUAUUUCAGUAUCUUUAAUUGGCAUUUUAUUAGCAAAAGAAGCCAAUAAAGAAGAAAAUCUUGUAAAUAAACUAAAAAAUGGUCCUAUAGGAGCUUUAUUUUUACCAAAUAGUAAAUUGCAAGGCCCAUAUAAUGAUUUUUCAGCUGAUUUAAAACUAGCUACUGAGGAUAUCAAAAUUGAAUAUGAUACUGCAAAAAAGCGAAUCUCCAAAUUUAGAAAUCAAUUAAUGGGGCCAGUGCAACAUACUUUGCAGACUAAUUUAGCCAGUAAAACUCAGUUAAUGACAAGAUUAGCAUAUGUUGGGAAGCUUCUAAGAACAGCAUAUGAUCAUGCCUAUCCAGAUAAGGCCGGAAAACCUAUAGUUCUUGUACAAAAAACAUUGGCAGAUGAAUAUCUAUACCCUCCUGUGGACUCCAAACUUGCUGGAUGUGCAGCCUCAAUAUUAGGAGAUAUGGAAUCAGAUGAUGAAAUUACUUUAUUGUCACCAACUGAUCUUACUGAUCAAACAAAAUUACUGGAGGAGAUGGAUGAAAAGGAUAGACACAAAUACAGCUCUGAAAUGGCCAAAAUGUAUGAUGAAAAAGCCUCAAAUCUUAAAGAAGAACUUUCCCAAGCAGUGGAUGAUUGGCAAAGUAGUCAGCUAUUAACUAGUACAAAGAGUGUUUAA